UUUACGUUUACAAUCUACGAAUAUACGAGUAAAAUAAAAUUAUUUUACACUAACCGUAUAAUAAUCAGUCCAACCGAAAACAAAACGACUUCCGGCAACCAUCGCCCCAGCAGGCAAUCGAAAUGAACUUUAAAAUACACACAGACGUAUCGCGUCUGUGUCGUAUUUGUUUGAAGGAAGCCAAAACCAUGGAAUACAUCUACAAGUCUUCGGAUCCGGAUCGCCCCAGUCUGCACCGAAUGCUGAGUGCCGUAUGUGCUCCGGUUUUCGACAGCGAAGACGUUCACGAGCAGAUAGCCAGGGAAUCGUUCGGAAUGCCCAAAUCAGUAUGUCGCAUUUGUAAGCUCAAGGUUUUGGCGGCAUACGAACUCUACGAGGCAUGCAUCGAAGGCGAUCGUAAACUGUGGGAGAUGGUUAUCAUCCAAAAGGAGCUCAUAGGCGAUGAAGGAGCAACAGAUGAGCAGCCCAAUACGACGGAAGCACAGAACGAAAUUAGCAAAGGCGUGUCUACCAGAGAGCUACCGGAAACUGCCAAUGAUGACAGCUCAGAGAAAGACCCUGCUUCGGCAAAUACAGAGGAGUUCUACCGUAAUAAAACCAUUUUUACGUGUGAUGUGUGCUCGGUCAAUUUUAUAUCUAAAAAGCGCCUUCGAAUACACAUACUAGAAUUUCAUCCCGAGUCGGUAAAACAAUGCCAAGAGUGCGAUGACAUAUUUGUCAGUGAAGUUCAAAUGGAGGAUCACAAGCUGUACCAUCGAACCGGGAAGCGAUUUUCCUGCGAUGUUUGCAAAAAACGCUUCAGUACCACCACGGGUCAUCGUUUGCAUGCUCGCAGUCACGUUAAAUUUACUCCGUUCCAGUGCGAUAAAUGCGACAAAAGCUUUUCGACAAUGGGCAUCCUGAAGUCGCACGUGAUGCGGCAUAACGGCCAGCGAGAUAUUGCUUGUGAGAUCUGUCCGUUGAGGUUCUACACCAAGGGAUCGCUCAAGCUGCACAUGAUAACCCACACUAAUGAGCAAAAAUUUGCGUGCGACAUUUGCGAUUCGCGAUUCAAGAACCGGGACUCGUUAAUAAAGCACACCCAGAAACACUCUGGAGAGCGACCGCAUCAAUGUACCGAAUGCACAAUGAAAUUCUUCACAACGAGCCAACUGAAAUGCCACAUCCGAACGCACACCGGAGAAAGACCGUACAAGUGCGCCUAUUGUGAUCGCGCGUUCAAGCAGUCGACCGAUUUGCUGCGACACAGUCGUAAUCAUGUCGGAGACAAGCCCUACCAAUGUGAUAUCUGUACCGAUUCGUUCAGAUUGGUAACCGAACUGCGGAACCACUACGCGGUGCACUUUAAACCGGGCGCCAAGGGGGCCGCCGAAAUGAUCGAUAAGCUGAAAACGAAAUACACCAGUAACGGCGUUAAGGAAUAUUUUUCCAUUACGACUUUAUUGAAUAGGCGCUUCGAGCAGGAAAAAGUCGAGGAGGACAUGGACACCGAGGAGGGGGGAAGUAGCGAACAAGUCGAUACCGGAAAUACUAACGAAUAUGAUAGUGCGGAUGCUGAAGAGAAAAAUGAGGUUGAAAAUGAAUAAGGUAAGGAAGUUGAACUUCCGAGGAAAUGGUAAUUGUUACGUCUAUGGACAUUGCAGGCUUCAAAUUUCGUGGACUACAAGUAGUGUUAUAAAGAAUAAAUUAUUAAAAAUUUUAA